ACAUUUCUUUCUUGCCCUUAACCCCAAAGAGGGUUAGGCAGAGAUCGUGGAUUUCUAUUUAGCGCGAUUUUGUGUCAGGUGUUGUAAAAAACUUGUUAGUUGGAUCUGGCUAUAAUCUAAGUUGUACCAGCUAUUAAAAAUGUCAGUGACAGGUAUAAAUCGUGCUAUUAUAAUGACUUCGAUUGUUGGUAUAUUGAUAUCGACGUAUGCACUGUACGUAGAGAUGGCAGCCGAGGCGCAGCCCGGCUACAAGGCCCUUUGCGACAUUUCUGAACACGCGAGUUGUACGCGAGUGCUUACAUCAGAAUUUUCUAAAGGAUUUGGUUUUGUAGCCGAAGAUUCAUCUUUCGAGGUUCCUAACUGUAUAUACGGAGUUGUCUUUUAUUGCAUUGUCAUAUUUUUAUCAACAUUUGAUCAGGCAGCAGUAGUGCGUCUUCAACAGUUCCUGUGCCUAGCAGCGGCGGCGUCCUGUGUGUACCUCGCUUACCUCUUACUGUUUGUGCUCUUCGAUUUUUGUAUAGUUUGCGUUUCAACGUAUGUAGUUAACGGUAUGCUUCUAGUCUUUGUAAAUAAGAAGAUAAAUUUUCUGGCUGCAAAAAAUAAGUAAGCAAAUUGCGAAGAUUGAAUUUGAAAUAUAUUUAAAACAUAAAGUAUGCGAGCUUUACAAUUAUUUAGUGCAUUGUAGCGCCAUCUAGUGCUCAGUAUAUCAAUAAAUUUUUAGCGCCAUCUAUUGUAGAGUAGCGAGUUAGUUCAUAGAUGGCGGGCUUUUAAAAUAUAUGACUAUUCUCGCGCUUAGCCUAAAUAUAGCAUUUAACCGAAUCUUAAAUUAUAGAAAAUAAACAGAACACAAUUCAAUUUCUUUGUUAAAAUUAUAAAUGAGACGUCUUGUUUGCUGAACAGUGUAUAAAGUCACCUCCAAAGAUUAAAAGUAAAAAUUAGACC